CAGCCGUUGAGAAAAACCGUGCAGACACGCCCAUCCCAAAGACGGGCUUUCCCAUUGGUUAGUUUUAUCGAAGCUGUUGCGUGAUUGGCUGAGAUUACUCAUUGAGGCGUCUCAGAAGGAAGAGACUCGUCGUUCUAAAACAAGAAGACAGAGUCGGUAGUUUCUGAGAUAUGAGGCUAAAUACUGGGCUUAUAUUUCAAAGAAAACACAAACAAUGACAAUAAAUUGAACAAAGAGGCGGAUAUAAAUGAGUAUACAAUCUCCAGAAGAUGGCGGUAGUGAAUCAGUAAAGCCGCCCUAAAACCACGAAGAAGAAGAGCUGCAGUGCGCAUGCGUAAAGAACACAAGUAAAUUUAAUUAAAAGCAUGGCUCUGGUUCCUUAUGUAGAAAAUCCAUUGCCUGCGUUGUCCAAACUGCAAAAUUCAUCAGCAGAGUUUCGGUUUGCAAACCACGACUUGCGUCUCAGCCAGGACUGGAAAAAGCUCGGGGUAGCAGCAGUCGUGUGGGAUGCGGCAGUUGUGUUGUGUAUGUAUCUGGAGCUGGGGGAAGUGGAGGUGAACGGGAAGUCUGCUAUUGAACUGGGAGCUGGAACUGGACUGGUGGGAAUUGUUGCAGCCCUGCUGGGUGCCAAAAUGACCAUCACCGACAGAGAACCAGCCCUGGACUUCCUUUCCGCCAACGUAAAGGCAAAUCUUCCCGCCGACUCCCAGAGCUCGGCGGUCGUGUCCGAGCUGACCUGGGGCGAGGGCCUGGAACGCUACCCGGCCGGCGGAUACGAUCUGGUCCUGGGAGCGGACAUCGUUUACCUGGAGGACACGUUUGAGCCUCUGCUGCAGACUCUGGAGCACCUGUGCUCGGACGCCACCGUGGUGCUGCUGUCCUGCAAGAUCCGCUACGAGCGGGACACAAACUUUUUGAGCAUGCUCAAGCAGCGGUUCGGAGUGGAAGAGGUGUACUACGAGAAGCAGCGGGACAUCCACGUGUAUAAAGCUCAAAAACUACCACCGAGGAGGGAUUUGUGACCGCCUUGUUCUUUUCACUUCCUGCCUUUUGAUUGACUGUAAGAAAUGAAAGAUUACCAGAAACACAUUUAUUAACAGCUGCCAAAAAUGUAAUAUUUGAAAAGCUCUAACAUAAUGCACUGUAUCAUACAAGUUGGUGCUGACAUUUAGAAAUUGUGAAUAAAAAAAAAUAAUCAUGAAAAGCAACAUAAAAAAAAGCAUACUAUUUUAUGACUAUACACAAUACCUAAAGAAUACAAUGUGGCAUUCCAUUAUAAUGAAAAUAUCCAUUUUGUUCACUGAAGUUUCUUUUUUUUUUUGAAGUUUUUUUUUCUUUUUCGAUUUGGUCACACUUCCGUCGAAGGGUGUUCGAUAGGUAAAACAGGUGAGAUCUGACGCUCCAUAAAAUCAACAACGUCUCGCAUGCCUUUGAUGAUUUAACGCGCAACAAAACACUCGUGGACGCUCGAUGAUUAAUUACAGUUUCUCGAGUAAAAAAAAUCUUCCGAGGCCUCUCGACAGGCUGUGCUGAGAUUCUUCUGUGAAAUGUUACAGGAUUGUAGAUGCAAAGAAAGUGCGCAUGCCACUUUGUGUUAAGCGGAUUUUGGAGACGGGCUCUGCUUUGAGGUUGUUGCUCUUUUUAAUUACAUGUAUAGACUGUAUGUAAAAAAAAAGAUGGAUGUAGAAGAAGCUGGUGUGUUGGUGACUUUGAAGCCCCGAGUUUGGGCAUGUUUUGAAACUGGAUUUGACGAGCAUGGGGUAUUUUUUUGUCUAAACGGGACCAUAAUUUACAAUAAGAGCAUCUCGCUGUUUAAAAGGAAACCUGAAAUUAACAGUUGAGGCCAUAAAAUAAAGAGGAAAACGUUUACAAAAUCACAAGAUUUUCUACAAGGAGUCUGGAAAGAAUCCCGGUUUAACUCACAUCCAUGUUGGCUACGUCCAUCUUUAUACAGCCCGUGUUUACACUUAAUUUAAAUUAAAAAAAGAACAGCAUAUCAACCAGCCUAGCAGGUGAUCUUCGCUUCCAGUGAUGCGCCGUGCGUCUCCAAAAUCUGCUUAGAAAUAUGCAGAUAAAUUCUUUCGUUGCAUAACAAUUAAGGCUCGAUAGUUUUGCUUUUGUUAAAAAAAAA